AUGCAGAGGUCGGGUUCGAACCACGGACUUUCCGCUGACAGACGGCAUUCGUCAAUGUGCGAGGAGACAAUUGAAGGGCAAAAGCGACCGACCGAAGUUUUGGAAAAUCCAAAAGGCAACACAUCCAUGGGGUAUUGUGUUGUCCCGAAAUCAAGACUCGCGGACGACGACCAAGCUGCUGAUCCACAAACACUCUUGGAUGAAUUCACGUUGUUCAGGAAAGGUCACUCACACUGGCAGAGAAUUUUCUACCUGAUUUUUGCAGGUCACUUGAAGGAGGCUAACUUCUCUGUGCUUGGAGGGAAACGAUUGUACUGUCACAAAACUAGUGACAGCCUAUCGACUGGCAGCCACAGGUCUAUCAGCCUCGCUAGCAUAUUGUGCAAGGCAAUGGACCGCAUUCUGAAGCGGACCAUUUUAAAUCACCUCUGA